UCAUUUGUGUUGGUGCGGCGGUGCUCCCACUGUACGCCGCCUUCUCGCCGCCGGUCCCCAAAGCAGGAAGCUCGGCCGAGCAGGAGCGACCGAAAAGCCGGUAGACGACGGGAAAAACGGCCGGCCGCGUCUUCGUGGGAAGUGUCUACCUCGACGGGAGCUACGUGACCGGGAAACAUACACGCAGGCGGCAUGGAGCGCUGCGACAUAGAAAUCCAGUCCGGAGAAAUCCUGCCUGUGGUGAUUAUUGGCAACGGCCCAUCAGGGAUCUGCCUGUCCUACCUGCUGUCGGGCUACACCCCCUACCUGUCACCUGAGGCGUCGCACCCCAACCCCCUGCUGCACAGCAAGCUGGCCGAGCAGCCCGGCCUGUCGCUGCUGGAGCAGGACCUGGAGUACCUGUGCGAGGGUCUGCAGGGACGCUCGUCCAACCCGGUGGCCGUCCUCUUUGACUCGCUGCUGCUCCCCGACAGCGACUUCGGGAUGGAGCACACGUCUCCGCUGGAGUGGCGAUACGAGCCCGAGCGUGCCGUGCCGCACUUGGUCCUGGGGAAGGGUCCGCCGGGAGGAGCCUGGCAUGCCAUGGAAGGUUCCAUGCUGACGCUGAGCUUGGCCAACUGGAUGGAGCUGCCAGGACUCAAACUGAAGGACUGGAUGAAAGACAAGCGCAGGAACGUGCGUAACGACCGCGCCACGCCAGCAGAGAUCGCCUCCUACUACCAGCACUACGUCACGCAGAUGUCCCUGGAGGACAACUUUGCCUGCAGGACCGUUGUUACCUCGGUAACCAGGCACCCCGGCAACCAGGAGGGGUCGCCUCCCUGCUGGAGAGUAAAGGGACUGCAGUGCCGUGAGGGGGCGGAGCUCGGAGAUGCCUCCACAUCAGAGAAGGUGCCUUUCUCCCUGCUGGCCCACAACGUGGUCCUGGCGACCGGGACUCACGACAUCCCGGCCAGACUGGGCGUGGAGGGCGAGUCCCUGCCUUACGUCUGCCACUCCUUCUGGGAGCUGGAGGCCGCCAUCUCCCGCGGCGAGCUGGACGAGUCCUCGGACCCGGUGCUGGUGGUGGGGGCGGGCCUCACGGCGGCCGACGCCGUGUUGGCCGCCCACCACCUCAGCACGCCCGUUAACCACGUCUUCCGACGCUCCGUGACCGACCCCGGCCUCAUCUUCAAUCAGCUACCCAAGAUGCUCUACCCGGAAUACCACAAGGUGCACCAGAUGAUGAUGCAACAACAACACCAAGAAGAUUCCCCCCCUCAGCACCACCUCCAGGGCUCCUCCCCCCCGCCCUCCUCGCCGUACGCCGGCUACCUGUGCUUCCCCCGCCACCGGGUGGCCGCCUUCCGCCCCGACCGCAAGUGCGUGCUGCAGUCCGACUCGGGCCAGUCCACGGUGGUCCAGGUGUCCAAGGCGCUGGUCCUGAUCGGCGCCCACCCCAACCUGUCCUUCCUCGAGGACGACGGGCGCCCGCUGGGUGUCCGGCCCGACGAGCCGGUCACGUGCCGCAGGAACCCCGUGGACGUGGACCCCUACACCAACGCGGUGCUGGCGGCGGAGGGCCCGGGUUUGUACGCCAUGGGGCCGCUGGUGGGAGAGAACUUUGUCAGGUUCCUGAAGGGAGGGGCCCUGGCCAUCGCCAGCGACCUGGCCAAGAGACACAGGCGGGGCGGGGACACGGGGGAGGGGCUUUUGUCCUCGGACAAGUGGGUGGACAGACGGACCGUCUUUUAUUCCUGAUGUGGUCCAAGAACCACAAUGCUGGUCAGCAGCUCAUGAAGGACCAACUGGAACAACCUCAUCAACAUGGCGCUCCAACCUUAUUCUUAGUCCGGCUUUUUCUUUGUCUUUCCCACCAGACCAAAGUCACACUGAAUGGUCCACUCCACUGUUUGGUCUGCGCUGUUGAUUGAUUAUUGAUUAUUGACUUUUUAUUACCAGCAUCACACAGCAGUAAUUAGUCAGCAGGCAGCAGACAUUGAAACAACGUUGACAAGUGCUCUAAUUAGGUCCUGACUGUGAGGAACUCAAACACAACAUUGAAACAACGUGCUUUUUACAACGUUUAAUCAAUGUUGGGUUGUGACCUUGAUUCGAUUGUCGAAAUGUGGUCAUUCCCCAACCAAUAUCAACAUUGAAACAUGACGUUUAAUCAGUGUUGUGACGUUGACUUGCUCGUUGAAAUUAGGUCUUUUUUCUUUAACCAAUAUUCUUCAACACAAAUAUGACGUUGAAACACGUUUUUAAUAACGUUUAUUAUAUUUCUGGGUGUUGUUGAUUUGACCAAUGAAAUGUGGUCAUUUCCCAACCAAUAUUCUACAACACAAACCUAACGUUGAAACAUGCUUUUUGACAGCGUUUAAUCAAUGUCGGGCUGUGACCUUGAUUUGAUCGUCGAAAUUUGGUCAUUCCCCAACCCCAACCAAUAUUCUAAAAUACAACAUUGAAACAACAUGACUUUUAAUCAGUGUUGUGACGUUGAUUUGAUCGUUGAAAUUAGGUCUUUUCUUUAACCAAUAUUCUACAACACAAAUACGACAUUGAAACAUGUUUUUAAUAACGUUUAUUAUAUUCCUGGGUGUUGUUGAUUUGACUAUUGAAAUGUGGUCAUUUCACAACCAAUAUUCUACAACACACACACAACGUUGAAACAACAUGCUUUUUGACAACGUUUAAUCAAUGUCCGGUUGUGACGUUGCUUUGAUCAUUGAAAUGUGGUCAUUUCACAACCAAUAUUCUGAAAUACAACGUUGAAACAACAUGCUUUUUGACAACAUUUAAUUAAUCAAUGUUGGGUUCUGACGUUGAUUUGAACAUUAAAAUUAGGUCUUUUUUCUUUAACCAAUAUUCUUCAACACAAAUAUGACGUUGAAACAUGUUUUUAAUAACGUUCAUUAUAUUUCUGGGUGUUGUUGAUUUGACCAUUAAAAUGUGGUCAUUUCCCAACCAAUAUUCUACAACACAAACACAACGUUGAAACAACAUGCUUUUUGACAACAUUUAAUUAAUCAAUGUUGGGUUGUGACGUUGAUUUGAUCGUUGAAAUGUGGUCAUUUCACAACCAAUAUUCUGAAAUACAACAUUGAAACAACAUGCUUUUUGACAACAUUUAAUUAAUCAAUGUUGGGUUCUGACGUUGAUUUGAACAUUGAAAUUAGGUCUUUUUUCUCUAACCAAUAUUUUUCAACACAAAUAUGACGUUGAAACAUGUUUUUAAUAACGUUUAUUAUAUUUCUGGGUGUUGUUGAUUUGACCAUUAAAAUGUGGUCAUUUCACAACCAAUAUUGUACAACACAAACACAACGUUGAAACAACAUGCUUUUUGACAACGUUUAAUCAAUGUCGGGUUGUGACGUGUAUUUGACAGUUGAAAUUUGGUCAUUUCACAACCAAUAUUCCGAAAUACAACGUUGAAACAACAUAACGACGUUUAAUCAGUGUUGUGACGUUGAUUUGAUCGUUGAAAUUAGGCCUUUUUUUUUUGUUGCCAAUAUUCUUCAACACAAAAACGACGUUGAAACAUGUUUUUAAUAACGUUUAUUAUAUUUCUGGGUGUUGUUGAUUUCACCAAUGAAAUGUGGUCAUUUCCCAACCAAUAUUAUACAACACAAACAACGUUAAAACUACAUGCCUUUUGACGACAUUUAUUCAAUGUCAGGUUCUGACCAUUGAAUUUUGGUAAUUUUUUAACCAAUAUUUUACGACACAAAUACGACGUUGAAACAUGUAUUUAAUAACGUUCAUUAUAUUUCUGGGUGUUGUUGAUUUGACCAUUGAAAUGUGGUUAUUUCCCAACCAAUAUUCUACAACACAAACACAACGUUAAAACUACAUGCUUUUUGACGACAUAUUUAUUAUUCAAUGUCAGGUUCUGAACAUUGAAUUUUGGUAAUUUUUCAACCAAUAUUCUACAACACAAAUACAACAUUGAAACAUGUUUUUAAUAACGCGUAUUCCAUGUGUUUAUUUGACCAUUCUAUUUUGGUCAGUUCCCAACCAACAACAUAGAUCCAACGUCGCACAUCAACGUUCAUCAACUAUUUUUCAACGUUGUUUCAACGUCAGUUUUAAAGGACAUGUACGUAUAAUCAAUGUCUUGUGCCCGCUAGGUAAGAACUGUUUGUGGCUCUAAGUCUACAAGGCAAGAACACUAAUGAGACCGGCAAAGAUACUUAAUGCAGAACAUUCUAUGUAUUUCAAAUCGUACUACUAAUUAUGAUGAAUAUGUUAUCAAUCUUGUAAAGUAGGGGUGUCCAAAGUGCGUGCAGGGGCUCAUUUGCAGCCCACGGCUUGUUUUUAUUGGCCCGCCACAUAUUCUAAAGACAGACCUAACACAAAAACUACAAUAUUCAAAAACAGCGUUGUGGAUGCUGAAAUGCGAAUGCCGAACCUAAAUGCUAAUGUUAGCAUGCUAACAGUAUAAAUACGUCAGGAAUAUAUGACCUUGAAGUGUAUGCAUGUAAAAUUAGCUAACGCGGCCCACGGCUUGUUUUUAUUGGCCCGCCACAUAUUCUAAAGACAGACCUAACACAAAAACUACAAUAUUCAAAAACAGCGUUGUGGAUGCUGAAAUGCAAAUGCCGAACCUAAAUGCUAAUGUUAGCAUGCUAACAGUAUAAAUACGUCAGGAAUAUAUGACCUUGAAGUGUAUGCAUGUAAAAUUAGCUGAAAAAAAAAAAAAAAAGUUGGCACGCUAACAGCUAGCAUGUGUCCGGGCUAUAUGACUCUGAGGCAUUGGGCUGCAAAAUUGCAGCAGGGUAAUGUUAGCAUCAUGCUAACAGUUAACGUGUGUACAGUACCAGGUCAUAUGACUGAAAUUUUACAUUAAAAGAAUGUUAGCAUGUAAACAGUUAGCACUUGUUAUAUAACUGAGGUGUUUGGCGACAAAAUUGGCAAACAAAUGUUUGCGUGAUAAUGUUAGCAUGCUAACAACUAUUCGGCUGCAAAAUUGGCUGAAAAUGUUCAUGCUAAAUUGUUUAAUAUAAGGCAGAUUUGUUGCUGAUAACACAAAUCUAAGAUUGGAUGUCGUGUUUAGCAUCUAUUAGGUUUAGUUUCUACUGUCGUUUAAAGUAUCAAAGUGGCCCCCAGUAGUCUUCAAUUUUUAUGUUUGUCGGCCUUCGCCGGAAAAAGUUUGGACACCCCUGUUGCAAAGGUUACUGAUUGUCGUUAUUGUUUUAUUGCUUUGUACAUUUCAGCGGCUGUCGUUAUUGUUUUAUUGCUUUGUACAUUUCAGCGGCUGUCCUAUCAAGACUUGACUUCUUCCUGUCGCUUUUAUGGCUUGAAAGACUCCAGCAGGAGAUGCUUUGUGACCUUGAACUUGAAGGUAAACAAUGUCGGACUGUGCCAGGACUAAAGGACACCAGGACACUUAAUGAUUCAGUCUACUUUCUGAUCAUUCCGACACGUGAACCCAACCCACACUUUAUUUUACUUUGUAUUUAGCUUUUGUUUUGUUUGAUCCAAUCCCUCGGCCAGGAGAAGCCAGCUGUGCCUUUCAUGGCGUGCAUCAUGUCAACCGAUCAUCUCGCUUUUUAUUUUAAUGUACUGUAUUGAUUGGUCAGAUGGAUGUGCUGUUCAUCUCACUUCCCAAUAAAAUGCUCAUUUCAGGA